CGCAGGGUCCCAGAAAGGAGAUUAGUGAAAAUCUGAAUUGCCAAUCUUGGAUGGGGCCUGGACGCUGCGCUCGUGAGGAGACGGAUAAAGCAGCUCGGGUCGCCGAUCUUUCUCCAACUUGCCGAUCCCUCUCGGUCUCGUAUCUUCUGCAAGAUCGCAAGCUCAAAACCAACAAAGGCCCGGGGCAAUAGAGCAACCGGUUCGGAGUUAUUAUUCCCGACGCUGAUGCUGACACGUAAGGCUAGUAUGUGCCUCGAUGCCGUCAUAAUGAGGGGGUGAUAAGAAGGCAAGCUUUUUCUACCGGUAUACUACCACAAGCCAGCAGAAUCCCUCUUUAGUCGACCAACAUGGAAGAGAACCCAUGCCAAAUCCAGCCAGGAUCGGGAACAAACGAAUGGUCCACUCCGUUGAUACUUUUCCAUGAUGCAGGCGGCACUGUGUUCCCGUAUUUUUGCUUAGGCGAGCUGCACCGGCCGCUUUACGGCAUCGGAAACACUCACUUCGACCACGGAGGCAAAUGGGAUCACGGCAUUCGUCAGAUGGGAGUUGUCUAUUCACACUUACUUCGGUCGGUCAUCGGGUCCGGAGAAGUUAUCCUGGGAGGAUGGUCUCUCGGCGGCUGUGUUGCUUUAGAAGUUGCAGCUCGACUAAUGAAACUUCCCCAGUACACGGUGCAGGGCGUUAUCAUGAUCGACAGUGUCUUUCCGACUGUCAAGGUCACAGACCAGUAUCCCCGCACGAUCGCUGAUGUUGCUGCCAGCUUCCAGCUACCGGCCCGAAUGUCCGAUGCCCGGCGGGUACAAGCGCAGCAAUGCAUUCUGUACGCUCACGAGAUGCAGCGUGAAUGGCGACCGCCACAGUUUUCGUUAGGUCUGCCUCCUGCAAUACUCAUACGCGCAGCCGAUCCGGUACAUCUAGACCCCGAAGCGAAGCCCCACUACAUCGAUCUCAUCCGGGACUGGACGUACCUGGGAUGGGAGGAGUACGAUACGAGCUUCAUCAAAGCUUGCUUGGAGAUCCCAGGCAACCAUUUUACCAUAUUCGAUGACCAAAAUUGUUACCAAACAACAGCCAGAAUCCGGGAAGCUUGCGCAAUGUUGACUGGACCGCAACAGUCAAAUCCCGAAUGAUCGACAGUGCAUCAAUCUAGAUGCAGGGAUUCAUCGAGAGCAUA